AUGCUUCUUCCACUGCACUUUCCUUUGGCACUGCUGCUCCCAGCCUUUGCUUCGGCCUUCUCGUUUGAAUUUACAAAUACUCCAGAACAAUGUCAGAACCUUUCACUCUCCAUCACUGGGUCCGGCACCCCUCCUUAUAGUGUGCUGGUCAUCCCGUUCGGACCAUCACCCUUGGCGAACAACAUAGAGGUCCGAAAGAUAUUCUCGGUUCAGUUCAGUGGGACGUCACAUAGCUUCCAGCUCAACUAUCCCGGUGACUCCCAGUUCGUGGCCGUGGUUAGCGAUAGCACUGGGUUUGGAACGGGUGGCACUAGUAUCGCGGCCACCGUGCUCUCAAGUAGCGACUCCAGCUGUUAUAACGACACAGAAGUUUCGCCUGAUUGGGAUUUCAGUAUCUUUCCUGCCAAUCAAAUUGUGGAAUGUUCGGCGAUGCGUAUCGAUUGGAACCCAGCAGUGGUCGAAGGAACGCCAACAUUUCAAGGGGUCAUUCCUGGAGGGCAGUCAUUUGCGAUUCCUCAGGGAACUCUGACGAAUGUUACUGGCGAAGGCCUUGGGUUCAGCUGGACACCUUCAGUCAGGAUAGGGACGACGGUCAUUCUUGUUGGUGGUGACAAUCGUGGACAAGGAACAGGAGGCAGUGGAUUGUAUAUUGUAUCCCAGGGGUCGUCCCAGUCAUGUCUUAAUGCAAACUCCCCUUCGUCUACACCGGGCUCCCCUGCUGGUGGGAGCUAUCCCACAAGUACAAGUGGCGCAGGGACUGGUGGUGGGAGCACGAGUGACGGGCAUAGUACAGAUGUCGGAGCUAUAGUCGGCGGUGUCAUUGGCGGUGUCAUUGGCGUAAUACUAAUCCUUGCGGCAUUAUUCUUCCUUCUUCGAAGACGUCGCAGCCAGAAGGAACCAAAAGAGCAGCCCGUGGACCUACUCCUGGAUCAUGAUCAUGACGAUGGGCAGCUCCCGCAGUACUACGAGCCACAGCCGUUCGUCAUGCCCGAGCCGACCGUGCGUUCUUCCACAGGUGGUGAUAUGGAAUCGCAAGCAAACCCACAGCUGACGUACGAAUCCACGUCGUCGCAUUAUGGUGCGGAAGGCGGCUUGCGGGCGGGCACGCCUGAUUACACGGCGCGCAGUGGAUCUUCGGGGUAUUUACGCAAAUCGCCUGCGGUGAUGCGUCCAGUGAAUAUCGUGCAGCAUGAGGACGCGGGUCCGGAGGAGGCGGGUCAGGAGCCAGAGACGAUUGAGCUUCCGCCGGCGUACACGAAUCUACGCGGGAAGUCGACGCCACAACCAUCGCCGCCGGAGUCCUCGUCAUUGUCCGCUGAGGCUUCCUGA